GAGUUUCAUGUAAAAGUGUGUGUUUGUACCCCACCCAGAUUGUGUCCUACCUGCUUGACUUGCCAGAGAAGGACGAGGAGGAAGUGGAGCGUGCUCAGAUCAACAGCUUCGACACGCUGUGGGGGGAGACAGCCCUGACAGCGGCAGCGGGCAGGGGUAAGCUGGAAGUGUGCCGGCUGCUUCUGGAGCAGGGGGCCGCUGUGGCGCAGCCCAACCGGCGUGGAAUCGUGCCCCUCUUCAGCGCUGUGCGGCAAGGCCACUGGCAGAUUGUGGACCUGCUGCUGACUCAUGGCUCUGAUGUCAACAUGGCGGACAGGCAAGGCCGCACCCCGCUGAUGAUGGCUGCGUCCGAGGGCCACCUGGGCACCGUGGAGUUUCUGCUUGCCCAGGGUGCGUCCCUGUCGCUCAUGGACAAGGAGGGUCUGACGGCCCUGAGCUGGUCGUGUCUCAAGGGUCACCUUCCCGUAGUUCGCUCUCUGGUGGAGCGGGGGGCGGCGACGGAUCACGCAGACAAGAACGGCCGCACCCCCUUGGACCUGGCGGCCUUUUAUGGAGACGCUGAAGUGGUUCAGUUCCUCGUGGACCACGGGGCGAUGAUCGAGCACGUGGACUACAGCGGCAUGCGCCCCCUGGACCGCGCUGUGGGCUGUCGCAACACCUCGGUGGUGGUGGCGCUGCUCAAGAAGGGAGCCAAGAUCGGAUGUCAGACGCUUCCCAGUCGGCCGCGAGGUCCCGCCACGUGGGCGAUGGCCACCUCCAAGCCUGAUAUAAUGAUCAUUCUGCUGAGCAAGCUCAUCGAGGAGGGGGAUGCCUUCUACAAGAAGGGGAAGGUGAAGGAGGCUGCCCAGCGGUACCAGUAUGCCCUGAAGAAGUUCCCGCGUGAGGGCUUCAGCGAGGACCUCAAGACCUUUCGCGAGCUGAAGGUGUCCCUGCUGCUCAACCUGUCCCGCUGCCGCCGGAAAAUGAACGACUUCGGAAUGGCUGAAGAGUUCGCCACCAAGGCUUUGGAGCUGAAGCCCAAAUCUUACGAGGCCUUUUACGCCAGAGCUCGAGCCAAACGCAGCAGCAGACAGUUCCCCGAGGCACUGGAGGACCUGAAUGAGGCGAUCAAGCAGUGCCCCAACAACCGGGAGAUCCAGCGCCUCCUGCAGCGUGUGGAGGAGGAGUGCAGGCAGCUCUCGCAGCAGCAGCAGCAGCAGCAACAGCAGCAGGAACAUGCGGAGGAGGAGCUGGAGCCACCGCCAUCCCCAUCCCCGCCCCCACCCCCGCCCCCUGAGCCCCGGCUAGAGGACAUGGAGCCUGUGCAGGAGCUCUUUGAGGAUGACGAGUACCUCGAUCAGGAGCUAGAGGGCAUGUCCAUCGGUCUGCCUCUAGAACCGCGAGGCAACCCGGCCAGCCUGCCCAUCAUCCAGAGCCCCCCACCUUCCCCCGCACAUCGGGACUCUGCCUACCUCUCAGGUGGCCCCCCGCUCGGCCAGGCCUUUGAUUUCCGGCCCAGCCCCCCCUCCAUGUCCUCCCCCACCCGCCAGGGCUACCAGUCCACCUCACCCUCCCUCUCCCCCACACACCAGAACUCCCACUACCGGCCCAGCCCCCCCCACACAUCCCCUGCCCACCAGGUGUCCUCCUACCGCUUCAGUCCUCCUCCUCUAGCUGGCAGUGGAGGAGGAGGAGGAGGAGGAGGAGGAGGGGGUGCUGGGCAGGGAAAGGACUACCAGAGCCCCCCACCGUCCCCACUGCGCCGGGGGCCCCAGUACCGAGCCAGCCCCCCCGUGGAGACCGUCUGCCUCUACCGCUCGCAGUCCGGCUCCCCUGUGCGCUACCAGCAGGAGCAGAUCCCGAGCCGGCCCAAGUCGCCGCUGUCCAAAAUGAGCAGCCAACGCUCCUUCCAGCUGACCUCCCAGCCCUCCCAGUCCUCCCAGCACCACCAGCAGGCCCUCCGGCUGCAGCCUGCCAUGGCCCAGAUCGUGCGCACCAACCAGCCCAGCUCUGCAGUGCACUCCAGCUCGGUGAUGGGCGGCGGAGGCUACGGGCAGAUGGCGCACCCCAUCAGCGGCCGCUACCAGGGGGGCUCCGUGGAUGUGGAGAGCCGCCUGGUGUACCAGCCCUCCAUAGAUGGGCGGCCCAUGCCGCAGGUACAGGCCAGCUUGAGCGCCGGCGCCCUCUGCCAGCAUGGAGGCCGGCCCAGCGCCGUUGAGUCCAGCCUGGUGAAGGACGAGCUCCCGCAGCGGCCUUCCUCCGCAUACCGGUCCAGCGGCGGCGGCCCCGGUGGCAUGCGCUACAGCCAGACUCCCCAGAUCAGCCGCAGCCAGUCGGCCGCCUACUACCCUGUGUCCAAGCAUGAGCUGGAGCGGGCUGCUGCCCUCCCCCAGUGCCAACUGGGCUCGCCAGAGAUCCCCCACCUGGUGCGCCGGCCCGUCAGUGCCAACACGGCCGAGAUCAAGCAGCACCCACCCACGCCGCGGCCACUCAUCCACUCGCAGAGCGUGGGCCUGCGUUUCUCGCCCUCCAGCAGCAGCAUCUCCUCGGGCUCCGCCUGUAAUCUAGCCCCCGGCUUCCGGCCCUCGGCCUCCAUACAGCAGAUGGAGAUUCCCCUGCAGCCGUCCUACGAGCGCGCCUGUGAUGACCUGUCUCCCGUGUCGCCCUCGCAGGGCGGAGACGGCCGGGGCGGGGCCGGGGGCGUGUAUCCGGGCGAGACUGCCCGCUCGCGGACCACACCCUUUAUGGGCGUCAUUGACAAGACGGCCCGGACCCAGCAAUACCUGCACCAGCCGUCACGGCCAUGGGCAGUGUCUUCGCUGGACACGGUCAUCACCAGCCCCACUUCCCCAGGGAACCUGGUGCAGUCAGGGGGUGUCAGCUCAGCCUAUAGCAGCCCACCCACCUCGCUGGGCAACAUCGCGUACUACAACAAAACCAACAACGCCCAGAACGGGCACCUGCUGGAGGAUGACUAUUAUGCCACACCGCAGCCAGCACCGCCUGCCUCACUAGGCAAGCUGGCCAAUGGCUCGCGGGGGGACAUUCUGGAACGGGUGAGCCAGGUGCCCACCUACCCCGACGUGAAGGUGGCACGGACGCUGCCGGUGGCACAGGCCUACCAGGACAACAUGUACCGGCAGAUGUCCCGCGAUUCGAGGCAGGGGCCCACCUCCCCCAUCAAACCAAAGAGACCCUUCGUGGAGUCCAACGUGUGAGAGCAUGGCAGUGCCGGAGCGGGAGGGGGGCGGUGGGCGGG